UCCGCAUUCCUGGCUCGUCUUCGUCUACAGGAACACAACACAGUAUUCUCCUUCUGCAUUAUUUACUCAGCUGCUUCAUUCCUGUCCAGUGUUCUCUUCAUCUGACCAGGAGGAAAGAUUAUCCACUAACUGCAGUUUGAGUGGCAUUUUGCACACCAUAUGAAUUGGUGAGACGAUGCGGGAUUAUAUUAAAGGACAAGCUGAAGAUACAACGGCUGCACCCCAAAAGAAGGUUACAUUUUAUGGACCUGUCAUGUCCACGAAAGGGGAAAAGCUAAGACAUGUUGGAACAAAGAUGACUCCAAGAAAAAGAACUCUAUUAUCCUCAGCUCUUAAAUCUACUUCCAAGGACAAAGUCAUUCAGUCAGUUCAACACACACAGUUACAGUCAGUCAACGAUAAAUUGAGUAAACCCCACUCAAAAACCACUGUUACUGGAAUCCCAACAAAAACGAGAUUAAACUGCAACCAUUUAAGACCUAAAUGCCAGUGUUCUACUAUUGCCAAUAAGAAGAAGGUCAGUAAAGUGAGACACAAAUCAGCAGUGACCAACAAUCAAAGACGUAUAUUGGUUUCUACUCGUUCAUUGCCCAGAGGCGAGCUAAAUGGCUGCAAAAAUUAUAAAGAAAAAGAUGAUUCUUUAUCUAUACUUGAUGGGAAUUGGAAACCUGGUCUAGAUGUUUAUUCGAAAGAUCAUGUUGAAGGACUAUCAGAUAAUAAUGAAAAUAUUUACUUGGAUGUUAAUAAAGAUAAAGUAGAAAAUAAUGAAGGGAACUCAAAGAAAAAAGUUCAGUUUGCUGAAGAAACCAGCAAGCACAUUGGAUCUUGGAAAAGCAAUAAACAUCAAAAUCACAGCCAUUUAAAUGUUCCAAGAGAAAAUAUCAAUAGUGAAAGUUUGAAAGGCAGCAGUCAACCAAACCUUUCAUCAGAUGACCAUUAUUCAUCCUAUCAUAAUAGCAGUUAUACUUUAGACCCACAUAACACACCAAAUUCACCUGGGUAUGACCCAAAGUCUGGCAAUGCUCUUGAUGAUGACCGUUCCAUGACAGAUCAGCAAUUAAGAAAAAGUAGAGAAUACUGCAGGCUUUGUGAAUUAUCAAAGGACGAUUCUCCUCGUACUUUUACAUCAAACACAAUGAACUACAAUUUAGAUGAACAUGAUGAGGAAUAUCCAUCAGAUCAUGAACAGUAUUCAUCAAAAUAUGAGUUUGAAGAACCUUGUCACUUGUGUAUGAGAUAUGGAAGAUGGCAUUCUUACAGUGGAAAACAAGAAUGUUGUGAGCUAUGUGAAAAGCAUAACAAUGAUGCUCAUAUACUCUUAGAUUUAAAUGAAGCUAAAGAAAGGUCACUAUUCCAUAAAACGAGGAGACCCCUGCACAGAAAGCUGUCAUCGCCUGUGCUGAGUUCUGAAAUUGAAGAGCCUCUAUUUACCAAAAGGAUCCCCUAUGAGCCAAGGACACAAUUGGUGAAAAACCUGAAACAAAAACUUGAGGAAGAAUACAGGAACGAUGAGUACAUGCAGCAACGCAAUAACUUUCGGAGGAGAUGGAGGUCGUGGGAUGCAGAGGAGAUGGAGGAGUUUCAUCGCUCUCGUUUGCAUAAUUACAGUAAAGCUCAGGAUCACAGUUCUUGUCAUAAAUGUAUUCAUUGUUAUUUACAAAAUGAACGUUUGUUUCUGGAGCCAACAAUAACAGAUAGAAAAGGGCAAAGUGUUUGUCGUGAAUGUGGUGCACCCCAGCAUACUGACCCUGAUAAAAAUCCCUACCUUUAUCAUAUCACCCUUGGGGGAGUGAAGGACAGUAAUAAUGGAAUGGGACCAAUUGAAAAACAGGAAAAGGUAUGGAAAAAUAAGCCCAAUAGUACAGAACCUGGCAAAAAGAUUUAUAACCAGACAUCUGAAGAUCUGCCAGGUGAUACCUCCAAGCAUAUAUUUGCCAAAUUAAAUAAGAAUAUUAAUAAUAUCUUACCUGGUGGCUCUGGAUAUUCCCUCCGUCCAUGGGCAGCAGAUAAAUUAAGAUAUUGUGGUGAUCCUCAUUCAAAGCGACAUCCUAGCAGAUCUAUGGCACUUUUAGAUCAUAUAAUCUAAAUAUUUAAGUAUCAUUUUAUUGAAGAACCCAUUUUGAGGAUCUCAAAUUUGGGAUCCUUCAGGAAUUUCAGAGUUGGCAAUUUAUUAAUUAAUCACUUGUGUAUGGGAUUCCCUCUGCACUGAAUGAAAGAUUAAAGUGGCAUCCCUGUAGUGAAGGGUUAAAAAGAUGAUAAUCAAGAAGUACACUAUAGUAGCUGCCUAGAUCAGUCAAUGAAAAUAUAGGAGUAAACAGGACAAAUCACAUAGAAAGAGAACACCAUAAUAGUAAACAUUUGUUGUACUGGUUAGAAUGAAAGCAAAUGGGUCUUUAAUGUUGGUUCGAAUGAGAACAAAUGAGUAAUGUUAGGAGUCUUUAAUGUAAUAGUUAAUGUUCCUCUUGUUUUUGGUCCAGUGCAUCUUAGAGGAGACGUGAAAGUUAAUACUGUACAGUGUAUUUUUUAAACUGAAGUAGUUAUUUCUCAUGAGGGUUCUACAUUCAUUAAUAGGAUUUUACUAUUAGUUUAAAGUUCAUGUACUAUACACCAAAUUAAAUAUAACUUCCAUAUAUAGUACAUCUUUUUGCACCAAAGCUUCGAGACAUGGAAAUAGCUUAUUAUAUCUUGGCUAAAGUCAAAUUAAGAUUUCCAUUGCCUCAUGACUUCCCAUAAUUUACCAUCAUUCCUCUCAAAAAGAUAUGAAAAGGAAGAAAUAGUAAGGUGAAAAUUUUCAGGACAAGGUUAGCAGGCAGUGAAUACCAAAAAUUUCACUGGUUAUGUUAAAUUUUAAGCAAGGCAUCCUUAAUAGUGCCAUGAUGGCUUUCCUCAAAAACUAGACAUAAACUUCAUUAGUUCCAGGGGAAUAAUAGAAUAAUCUUCCAAUUCCUUUUAUUGAGAGAAAAAUAUAUUCUUUAAAUACAUUCAAACUCCAGCAAAGGUUUUUAUACUAACAAGUAAAUCUAAAACAAAUAAUAGAAGCUGAUCCUUACAUCAUUCUGUAAGCAAAAUAAAUACUUAUUACUUUAACAGAAACUCAAUACCAAUUACAAUUUAUAAGGCCAAAUUUAAUUUUGAAAAUAAUUACUGUAUAUUAAACAUGAUCUUCAUGUUGGUUUCCGUAUACCAUAAUCAAUGUGGAUAGGAUUCAUUUGGACAAAGGUAAUAUGUAGCAGAGGAAACAGGGUCAGAGAGAAAACUCACCAGGAAAUAGUACUUUAUCAAAGGAAUUUCUUUGAUAAAGUCAUGUUAUGAACAUCAAAGGAAUUUUUUUAUAAGUCCUACACGAUGAAACUUCAGGAGUAAGGUUACCUUCCUGACCUUGUGUCUUCUUUGCUGCCAUAUUACCAUAUCAAUAUGGAUUACAGAAUACACUCCAACCAAAUAUGUAGGGGGUAGUUCAGUUUGUUCCUGCACAAUGUUCAAGGUUUAAAAAAAAAAAUGGUUAAGGAAUUGUUCCCAAUAAUAUCUGUACUCUGUACAGUGCUUAUUUGCCCUUCCAUGAAUAUUAUGAGUCAAAUGUAUUGUAUUAAAAAAAAAAAAAAAAAAAAUUAUGUUCCAUUAAUUCUUAAAACAAA